AUGAACCCGCGAUCCAGCCGCUCGUCCGUGAGCCUUCUCCGAACCAAGGAAGAAUUAAGUCCUAUCCGGGAGGAUUGGAGUGACUCGGACAGCCUCGACCUACCACUAUACUCAGAACCUCGCGCAUCUGGGAUUCGAGCCUUCUUCACACGCUGGUACAGUACUCUACUGUUCGGGCUCCUUACGGUAGCAUUUGUCGCUACCUGGGCGGCGACGAUUGUCCUCGCGUGGCGGCUUGCGUCAGAACAAGCUUGUACCGCCUCGUACACAACUGCUGCUGUGGGUGGUUCUACCCCAGAUGCCACUCAAGGUGGCAGCCGGGUGACUUUACCCCAUGGCACACAUCCACAAAGCCACAGCCACCAUGAGGGCCAUGAGGGUCAUGAGAGCCAUGAGAACCAUGAGGGCCACGAGAACCAUGAAGCGCAUGUCGGGGCCGGUUCUCUUCACGUACCGGGUUAUCGACUCGCCUAUAACUCUUCAUAUUGCAACGGUGUCAGAGAUCCGGAAGGCGCGCGCGCCCGGGGCUGCAUAUUCGACCCGAUCCAGACGGGCUGGAUGCCAGGCGCCUGCGUAGACACAGAGCUUACCGAAGAGUUCAUCACGAGCGAGCAGUGGCAGUGGUUCGAGGACGAGGAGCGGACGAAGCCCACGACGCAGGAGGUAGUCCUCCGGGGCUACGGGCUGCGCGACAGCUACACCAUCGACGACUACCACUUCCGCCACUGCCAGUUCGUUAUGAAGCAGCUCAUCCGGAACUUCCUCACCUCGCGGGCCGUCAUCGGCUUCAAGGGCCUUCAUGAGGAGCACCUCGAGCAUUGCCUCGACCGGUUGAUCAAUUGGAACACGCCGGAGAUCCGGAAUGCGUGGACCGAGCAUGUGAGAUGGACUGGCUCGGGGGAAUGCUACGAGAAAAUCACGUCAUGA